CUCAGCCAGCACUCAACCAGGAGAAGCCAUGUUCAGCUCGAGCGCCAAGAUCGUGAAGCCCAACAGUGAAAAGCCGGAUGAGUUCGAGUCGGGGAUCUCCCAGGCGCUCCUGGAGCUGGAGAUGAACUCAGACCUCAAGGCUCAACUAAGGGAGCUGAACAUCACGGCUGCCAAGGAAAUCGAAGUUGGCGGUGGCUGGAAAGCUAUCAUCAUCUUUGUUCCUGUUCCUCAACUAAAAUCCUUCCAGAAAAUUCAAGUCCGGCUAGUUCGUGAGCUGGAGAAAAAGUUUAGUGGGAAGCACGUUGUCUUUAUUGCUCAGAGGAGGAUUCUGCCUAAGCCAACUCGAAAAAGCCGUACGAAAAAUAAACAAAAGCGCCCUAGGAGCCGCACUCUGACAGCCGUGCAUGAUGCGAUCCUUGAGGAGUUAGUCUUCCCAAGUGAAAUCGUGGGCAAGAGAAUCCGUGUGAAACUGGAUGGCAGCCGGCUCAUAAAGGUCCAUCUGGACAAAGCACAGCAGAAUAACGUGGAGCACAAGGUGGAAACUUUCUCUGGUGUGUAUAAGAAGCAAGGAUGUUAAUUUUGAGUUCCCAGA